AUGGAUGGGUCUGAUGAUGAGCAGGCACUUGAGCAGCCAGAGUUUAAUGUUAAGAGUGACAUGAGAAAUGUUGUACUGAAGAAGAAGAUGAAGUUUCCUAAUGCAAAGGUGUUCAGAGCUACUUUGAGAGAGUAUGCAAUUAAAAAACCUGUUGACAUCAAAUUCAAGCUGAAUGAGAGGACCAAGAUAUCAGUUCACUGUAAGCAUAAGUGUGGUUGGAGAUGUUAUGCAUCUCAGAUAAGUGGAGAGCUAACAUUUCAGAUUAAGACCUUGAUUGAUGAGUGUACUUGCCCCAAGUCUUUUAAAAAUGGCCAAGCAACAUCAGCUUAUGUUGCUAAGAAGUUCAUUGAGGAUUUUAGCAAAAAUCCAAAUUGGGAGAUGAGUGGUGUACACAACCAUGUGAUACAAAAUUUACCUGUUAACCUAAGUGUAAACCAAGCGUAUUGGUCAAAGGGAAAGGCAAAGGAUUUGAUCAAUGGAGAUGAGCAAUUGCAAUAUGGUGUCCUUAGGGACUAUGCACGAAUGAUAAACACUAUAGACAAGGGGAGUAGGGUUAUAGUGCAGAUAGAAAUGGAUAAUGAGACUUUCCAGCCAAAAUUUAAGAAGAUAUUUAGUGGGCAAAUCUUAUCUACCACUGCCAAGGGUGCAAAUGACAAUAUUUUUCUAGUAGCCAUGGCUGUUGUGGAACAAGAAAACAAGGAGUCUUGGAUAUGCUUUUUGGAAAUAUUUGCUGAUGAUAUAGGGAGGCCAGAGGAGCUUCAAUUAGUCUUCAUUUCUGAUAGGCAGAAGAGGCUUAUACCUGCAAUAGAGACACUAUUCCCUACUAUGGAGCAUAGAUAUUGUGUGAAACACAUCUACAAAAAUUUCAAAGUCGAUCACAAGGGAUUGGAGCUGAAGGAUGCACUGUGGAGGUGUGUUGCUGCCACAACAGUAAAGGAGUUUGAGAGAGGCAUGCAGUGUAUAAAGGAUUUGGAUGAAAAGGCAUAUCAAUAUCUUGCAAACAUUGCACCUGCACUGUGGACAAGGUCACACUUCACUCCUAGGGCCUUAACAGAUUGUUUGCUUGAAAGCAAGCCAUUUAGUGCUACCCUAGCUGGCAAUUUCCUUUAUGAGGUAGCCAGUUUGUAUAAGAGGCAUGUAGUUGAUCUUUUCAAGAAGACAUGUAGCUGUAGGUCUUGGGAUUUAAAUGGCAUUCCAUGCAAACAUGCCAUAACAGUCAUUUCUACAAACAUUGAGACACCAGAAGACUACACCCACCUAUGCUACCACAAAGAAACUUACAUGGAGAUACACAAGUAUGUACUUCCUCCUAUGCCUAGCCAUUUAGAAUGGGCUAAAAUUGGACAGCUUGCUCCCCUAGCACCUCACAUAUACAAACCACCGGGCAGGCCACCAAAGCAAAGAAAGAGGGCUCCUGAUGAGCCUAGGAACCCUUACAAAGCAAGUAGGCUGAACAGACCUAUAACGUGUAGGAAAUGCAAAAAGGAAGGGCAUAAUUCAAGAGGGUGCAAGGCUAGCAUCAUUAGGGAGAAAAAGCUGUACGUAAUUGGGACUUAA